AUGACUGAACCCCGUUCGAUAAUACCCGGACCGCCAAGCGAAGAAGAGGUCAAAUGCUACUACGUCGGGCUUCCAGGGAAGCCGAAGCUCGUAGCAAGGUCAAGCUCUGAUCCAUGGACUGGCCCCCAAAUAGACUUCGGCUGGACCCGUGGAAAGACCCUGGAUCCCGUUGGCCAGCACCCAAUUGUGGCUAUCUGGAAUAAUUCGGCCGGCCCCUUGCGACGAGAUAUUCUAGAGGCCCUCAAAAGCACACAAUGGGUCGCUAUUGAUAUUCUGCGACUCGGGUACCAGAACGUGAAAGGUACCCUUGACGAGUCACCAAUUAAUCCCGUGACGGUUCUUGUGUCCGUUGUGCCCGGUUCCACCACCUGGGACGCAGGCGUAAACGUCGUAUUGCGAUGCCGGGGGAUUUUGCGACGUCACGGGAUCCAUGAUGUUGAGGUAGAAAUGAAGGAGUCAAUGAUCUCCCGAUGCAACCUUGAAACUCAGCCUCCGCAGCAAAAGCUGACGCCGGGUCCAGUAGUCCAACCCGAAAGGUGGAACUCACUGUUUUCCGAGUUCCUGGGCCUCUGUAUCGCACCAGCGGCAUCACCAUACCACGAGGGCACCAAGGGGCUUUACCUACGCAUUCGUGGUACCACAAGGAUGCUUCUCCUAACGUGUCGCCAUGUAGCCUUCGCUGGGUCCGAUGGGAAUGAGGACUUCGAACAUUCUAAUGGCGCACCGAGGGCUAUAUUACAACCUGGUACCGGAACCCUUGAAGAGGCUCUUAGGAACGUGCGGGAAGACAUUCGGCUGUCCGAACGCGAUAUGGAAGACAACAGAGAUCUUCCCUGGGCAUCGGCGAUACGGCAAUUCGAUCAAGCAUCGGCCCAAAAGGCGGCCGGGGAAGCCCUGGAACAGAGACUAGGUGCCCUGGAGCAGCCAUCCAACCGAACCAUUGGCCACGUCCUGUUCUCACCAAAGAUUGGUGAGGGUCGAUCCCCCUCAGGGAGAAGUCAAUGCAGAGAUUGGGCCUUGAUCGAACUCGACCAAGAGAAGCAUGAAACAGCCCUGGAAAAUUUAACGAACCGCAUGUUUUGUGGCAUUGCAGCGAAAAAUGGCACGUGGAUUGCUACCAAGGAGAAGCUCAAGGGGUCCAACCCAUUAGAUCACUACCGUCUGAAAUUUGACAGCGAGACACACACUCUAGAGCUGAAGAGAACCAUUGCUAAGGACAUCAUGGUGGCCCCGCCUACGGAAUCAGCGUCGUUGCAAGAAGCAGCUUUGGUAGUCGCCAAAGCUGGCCGGUCCACGGGCCUGACCAUCGGUGUCGCCAAUGAGGUAGUGUCUAUGAAGCGAAACCUGUUUGGCAAUAUGACCUUCGAGUCCGAGGAGUGGUGCAUUCUGGGUGCCAAGUGGAGAAGCGGCUCUGGUAGAGGGGUAUUCUCCAAGCGGGGCGAUUCGGGAUCCUGUGUGUGGGACAUGGAGGGCCGAAUUGGCGGUAUGUUGACGCGUGGGCUUGAGGCCGGGAACGGGAGCCUGGAUGUGUCGUAUGCCACUCCAAUUGAGUGGCUGCUUACAGAUAUUCGGGAACAGUCUGGCCUGGAUGUCGAGCUGGCUUGA